AUGCAGGCGUUCUCGAGGCAAUCGCGGCCCGCGGGCGCUCUCCUGCGACAGCUUGCCCAGAGGAACUACAGCUCCUCCGCCUCCCCCUAUGCUGCGACCAUUCAGAACCUUCGCAUUAACGGCGACACCAAGGUCCUCUACCAGGGUUUUACCGGCAAGCAGGGAACAUUUCACGCGCAACAGGCGAUCGAUUAUGGCACCAAGGUUGUUGGCGGGACCAACCCCAAGAAGGCCGGCCAAACCCAUCUCGGCCUCCCCGUCUUCGCCAACGUCAGCGACGCCGUGAAGGAGACGGGCGCGAACGCGACAGCCAUCUUCGUGCCGCCCCCACUUGCGGCUGCUGGUAUCGAGGAGGCUAUCGCCGCUGAGGUCCCGCUCGUUGUGUGCAUUACGGAGGGCAUUCCCCAACAUGACAUGGUGCGCAUCACCUCGAUGCUCAAGUCGCAGAGCAAGACCCGCCUUGUGGGACCCAACUGCCCUGGUAUCAUCGCCCCCGGCCAGUGCAAGAUCGGCAUCAUGCCCGGCUUCAUCCACAAGCGCGGCCGCAUCGGCAUCGUCAGCCGCUCCGGCACCCUGACUUACGAGGCCGUCAACCAGACGACCCACGCCGGCCUGGGCCAGUCGCUCGUCGUCGGCAUCGGCGGCGACCCCUUCAGCGGCACCAACUUCAUCGACUGCCUCAAGGUCUUCCUCGAGGACCCGGAGACGGACGGCAUCAUCAUGAUCGGCGAGAUCGGCGGUUCCGCCGAGGAGGACGCCGCCGACUUCAUCCGCGAGAACAACACGGCCAACGGCGGCAAGCCCGUCGUGUCCUUCAUCGCCGGUAUCUCGGCGCCCCCCGGCCGCCGCAUGGGCCACGCCGGCGCCAUCGUCUCCGGUGGCAAGGGCGGUGCCGACUCCAAGAUCAAGGCCCUCGAGGCCGCCGGCGUCAUCGUCGAGCGGUCGCCCGCCGGUCUGGGCAAGGCCCUCCGCGACGAGUUUGUCAGGCGCGAUCUGCUCUAG